GACGCCGCACCUUAAAGUCCGUGACGCGCCGCGCCGAGCGCUGCCGCCGAGACGUAGCCGCUGGUUCCGGAGCCGGAGGCGCCGCCAGGGAUUAUUGGACCCAGCAGACCGUCCCUGGAUCCAGGCUGAACAAUCUGCAUUUCCAUCUGAACCACAGGAAGAAAGGGUAGCUGGCCGGUGGGAUCCUGCUCCACGGACACGAUGCUUUCCAAGCUAGCUCGUCUGCAGACUGUGGCGGGGCUUUGCCGGGGCGCCCACACGCCAGUGGCUUCUGCUACAUAAGUGGCGACUAAGAAGAUGGUCCAAGGCCGUGUAUCGUCUGAUGACGAUUUUGAACAGGAAGCCAAGUAUGGCGCUCACAACUACCACCCCUUACCGGUCGCCCUGGAGAGAGGGAAAGGCAUCUACCUGUGGGAUGUGGAAGGCAGGAAGUACUUUGAUUUCCUGAGCGCGUACAGCGCCGUCAACCAAGGGCACUGCCACCCCAAGAUCGUGGACGCCCUGAAGAGCCAGGCGGAGAAGCUGACGCUGACAUCACGGGCCUCCUACAACAACGUGCUGGGCGAGUACGAGGAGUACGUCACGAAGCUCUUCAACUACCACAAGGUUCUCCCCAUGAACACAGGAGUGGAGGCCGGAGAGACCGCUUGCAAGCUCGCGCGGCGGUGGGGCUACACCGUGAAGGGCAUCCCCAAGUACAAGGCCAAGAUCGUGUUUGCAGCUGGAAACUUUUGGGGCAGGGCUCUGUGUGCCAUCUCCAGCUCCACGGACCCCAGCAGCGACGACGGCUUUGGCCCCUUCAUGCCGGGGUUUGAGAUCAUUCCCUACAAUGACCUGCCUGCUCUCGAGCGCGCUCUUCAGGAUCCAAACGUUGCUGCGUUCAUGGUCGAACCCAUUCAGGGCGAGGCGGGCGUCAUUGUCCCCGACCCAGGCUACCUGAUGGGUGUGCGCGAGCUCUGCACCAGGCACCAGGUGCUGUUUAUUGCGGAUGAGAUCCAGACGGGACUGGCCAGGACUGGUCGAUGGCUGGCGGUCGGCCAUGAAAACGUCAGGCCUGACCUCGUCCUCCUGGGCAAGGCCCUUUCCGGUGGCCUGUACCCCGUGUCGGCGGUGCUGUGUGACGACGAGAUCAUGCUGACCAUCAAGCCCGGGGAGCACGGCUCCACGUACGGGGGCAACCCCCUGGGCAGCCGCGUGGCCAUCGCCGCCCUCGAGGUUCUGGAAGAAGAGAACCUCGUGGAGAACGCGGACCGCAUGGGCGCCUUCCUGCGGAAUGAGCUCAUGAAGCUGCCCUCGGACAUCGUGACCGCCGUGCGCGGGAAGGGGCUGCUCAACGCCAUCGUCAUCCGGGAAACCAAAGAUUACGAUGCUUGGAAGGUGUGCCUGCGCCUUCGAGAUAAUGGACUUCUGGCCAAGCCCACCCACGGCGACAUCAUCAGGUCCCGCCUCCGCUGGUCAUCAAGGAGGACGAGGUCCAGGAGGCCGUGGAGAUCAUCAACAAGACCAUCCUGUCUUUCUGAGGGGCCUGCUUCCCUGGGGGCGGGGCCUGCUUCCCUGGGGGCGGAGCCAGCUGGGCUGGCAGCUCGGCCGCAUCCUCAUAACAGCCCCUGUGUUGCUGCUCUCAGCGCGGGCACAUUCCACUCCCCUGUGUCUUCAAUGACCUUUUUAAAUAUGUUCUUUUCAGUUCAUACGUGCUAGAGCGGCAUUUAUAAUCACGCAGGUGGCUGUGUAAGAGAACGUGAGGGAGUCUGUUUGAUCACCUGUGUGUGCUGAGGCGAAAUGCUCUCUCUGUAUGUAGGCAGCCUUUUUGGCAAGUCCCGUGUGGUUUUUACAGGUUUUUAUCAUUUCCUCGCUGGUGUAAAUAUAUUGUAUUUCAAAACGUUAUAUGGAGUUUUACAUAGAAGACUGCUUUAACCUUAUCAAGUUGAAUCAUAAUCACUGAAUUUUAGGAAGGAUGAAAUGGUUAAGCUUAUAUAAAGUACUAGGUUUAAAGAAACUUUACAUUAGCCAACA